GCAGGUUCUACCGGCAAUUGGCGUUCGGCUUUUCGCUAACGAGCAAAGUUUUCCACGGCGCACUCUAAUUUUCCGGCCAUUAGUGGCAUGUCCACCGACGAGGAUUCCCUGGGCAGUCCCCUCAAGCCGGCCACGCCCACUCCGGGUGAACGCGAGCGGGAGCGGGAACGUCCGAGGGGCGGACGAUCCGGAGCAGCGGAUCUGCUGCGCCAUCAGCAAAGUUUCGAGGCGCGAUAUAGUAGCAUUAUCCAGAAGCCAAUCUGGGAGACGAGCAUCAACAAGGAUGUGCUGGAGCGUCAGCUGAAUGCCUAUUUUCCCUUCUCACGGAGUGCAUCUCUGUCGAAGGAUGGUUCUGGAGGAUUCGAUCAACUGCUGCCACCUUCCACUGGAGGAAGUGGAAUGAAAACCCGAUCCCUGGCCACCACGCCCACCAGGAGGCCGGGUGCCUGUCUGGAGAAGCUGGAAACUGUGGAUGUGGCCGCCCUCGAUCAGAAAAAACAGGGGAAAUAGCUAACGAAGUCCCAAGGAUAAAGCUUGCUCAUUCAUUGUGAUGUCCGUAAGGUUGAAAGGCAAUUUUUUGACAUUUUUAGACUAAGAUAGGAUAAGACGCAUAAAGCCCUGGAUUUAAAAUACAAUCAAAUAUUAAUCAUUUGAAAAAUUUGUGAACAAAAUUAAGUAUAAACCGAUAAGUCGCAUAUUCGAGUGCCACAAUUUCUAUCGACCAAAGAAACAUAUCAUGAAACAUUUUUUAUAAUUAAGAUGUAAUGGGAUACCCAACUUUAUUAAAAUACAUUGCAAAGAAACACAAAUUACAGACGGCAUAAAUGCGUAUAUUAUAAUGAUAUUAUCAAACUAUCAAGUGACUUUUUAAAUAUACCUACUGUUCAAUUUAAAGUUUAAGAAACUAAAAUCAAAUAUCUAUAAAAUCGAAUCGAUAAAAUAGAUCCAUGAAAUCAAAAAGAAGUCUAAGGCUUCUAAGACACAAUUUUCAAUACAACUUUUUUAAGUAUUUUAGGUAAUCCAGGAAGUCUAGCAAUUUCUCUAAAACCUACUGUCUAUUUAGCACCCCAAAAGAUUUGUCUGCAGCACUAAAAAAAAUCUAUUUGCAUAGUUCAACCAAUGUCAAUGUAAAAUACACGUUUUAUUCGCUAAGGAUAUGACCAUAUCCCCGGAUCAAAGUGAACCCUAUUUAAGCUACUAUUAUUCAAUCUUCUUCAAUAAAACAAAGGCUUAUUGCAUAUUCAAUUUGGUGUCGAGUCAAACGGAUAAGGCCAUGACCCAUAUAAAUCUCCACAGGCGUCCUGGCUAAAUCUAAUUUAUGAGGAUAUUAUGCGAGAAAAUUCUAGGAGGGGGUGGGAUGUGGGAAAAUAAGGGAAAUGGGAGGCCCCAGAGAUCAAAUGUAAUAAUCAAAUGUAUUUGCAGCAAUUUUCGCUUCAGCACCUUGAGCGCGAAACGAGAAAGCACUUAAGUGGAAAUGCCGCCAGUCAAACGCUAAAAGCCCAGCCCCUUCCUUUUAUCCUGUCAGCCGGGGAAAACUUCCUCCAUGGAGCUAAUAGUUUUUCCACUUUUCCUUUGACUUUCACUUCCGCUCGCUCUCUCUAUCUCCUUCUCUUUCUCUUUCUCAACAAGUUGCUCAAGUGGUUCGGCUAUUUCCUUUGGUUUUUGCCCAACUUGUUGAUUUAAAUUCAUGAACGUUUGGCACAAAGAAAAAUCUCGUUUCUGUUUUUUUUUCGGGUUUUUUUUUCUCUCGACUGACUGUGCGUGUAUUUGUCAGGCUGGAGGACCGGAGAACCGGAGGAUUCCCACUCAAUGUCCAUGUGUUUGGCCAGACACUUGACAUAAGCACUUGGCCUGGACACAUCCACCCUCCGUGGGUUUUCCCUCCGUGGGUUUUCCCUCCCUGGUGGUGUUUUCCCUGGUGGGGUUUUAGUGUCAACUGCAGCCAGGGUCUUCCAGUGCGUGUCCAUUUAAUUGACUGUCGACGGUUUCAGCACUUGGAGCUGCCCAACUCAGUCUGCUCCAUUGGUCAUCGUAGGUUGUUAAUGACUAAGCAGGGGCACUUCAAAAUUGAUUAGUUGUUGUUGGCUGGUAUCUGAUUUAAUUGCAGGCUUUUCCACAUAAAUUAAGGGUGCACUAAGUAAACGUCGAAUGAUCAGGAAGAUGGAAAUCCCUGACUUGAGCUGCAUGUGAUUAAUUAGAGUUCGUCUAGUAUUUAUUUCAAUUGAAGGGUUUAGAGUUUAAACUAAAGUUUACCUAUCUAUUGAAGUAAUCACUUAUUUUUCUUUAUCAUAGAUA